UCCCCUGCAGACUUUCCCCAAGGCACAACAAUGAAGAGACUUGCUUAAUUGUUUCUCUAUUGGCCGUACCUGGCCUCACGUGACUCUACGGUGCUAAUAAUUUGCUUUCUAAUUGGUCUCCAGCAACCAACUCGCCAACGCCUCCCCAAUCCACUUUCCUAUUGGCUGGAAUGGCAGCCUUCCCCUUCCCGCGGUGAAGCCGGCUUACUUCUACCAGGCAGCGCAUCCCAGAGCUUCGUAGACCAGCCAUGGCAUCCCAGGAUCGUCGUCGUCGUCGGAGGCCAGGGACGGUGGUACCUGGGGAGGCCACCGAGACAGACUCGGAUCUGUCUGCAUCGUCGUCUGAGGAGGAGCUGUACCUGGGCCCCUCCGGGCCCACUCGCGGCCGUCCUAUGGGGCUGCGUGUGGCCGGGGAGGCCACGGAGACUGACUCGGAGCCAGAGCCAGAGCCCAUGGCGGCACCUGGGGACCUGCCCCCGCUGGUGGUGCAGCGCGAAGCUGCGGAGACAUGGGGCGCAGAGGAGGCCCCAGCCAUGACCCCUGCGCGCUCGCUGCUGCAGCUCCGGCUGGCGGAGAGCCAGGCGAGGCUGGACCAGGAUGUAGCAGCGGUGGUGAGCGGUGUAUACCGCCGUGCGGGGCGUGAUGUGGCCGCCCUGGCCGGGAGGCUGGCAGCUGCCCAAGCUAUGGGGUUGGCGGCAGCCCACAGUGUGCGCCUGGCACGUGGGGACCUCUGUGCUCUCGCAGAGCGACUGGACAUUGUGGCUGGCUGUCGCCUGCUGCCGGACAUCCGAGGUGUGCCGGGCACUGAGCCUGGUCAGGAUCCGGGACAGAGGGCCUGAGUUGACAGCCUAUGUCCCUCAGACUCUGUCUCAUGGUGGUCAUCCUUGCCACCUGUUGGACCUGGGUCUGUCUUUUGUUACCUCCCCCCUGCAAUCUUGCUGGAUAGUGACCUGGUUUCUCUCCUUAGUCUGGACCCUGCUACUGGCCUGGUCCCAGCCCUCAAGAAAGUAGCUGCUCUUGGGUCUUUAUCCACCUGAGUUCCACUGUACCCCACCAUUCCCAGCAUCUCUUCUCUGCCUUUGGUUUCAGCACAGGAGCCUUGAGUCUUAGCAUCUUUGCUGUCUUGGCCUGAUUUCACUCUUAGCAGUUUCUGGGACUUCCUCUACCACCGAACUCCCACAAGGCUCUGCCCAGAUUUUAUGGACAUCAAGUUGUCAGACAGCUUCUCCUAGCUCCUCCUCGUCCAUCCCUGGGCUUAAGUCCCAUCCUCUCACCCUGGUCCUGUUUCCUGCAUUUGGCUCCACUGCUAGUUUUGGCUUCCUUUUGGGGGUGGGGGCAUACCUUGGCCUAGGAUCUGGGGAUUCCUUAUGACUCUUCACGCUCAAAAUGUUGCCCCCUCCUCACCCAAGGACUUGAAUCUUCUCCACACCCUGGAGGUCAAUGUGGCCAGGUACAGGAACAGGUCUUGUUCCCUCUGACACCCAUCAGGGGCUUGAGCCCAGCACAGCGACCCUUGGUGUUUUGAGUGCUGUAGGACAUGACUCCACAAAUACAAACCUACCAGGCAUUUACUGUGUUGGUUUCUGGAAGCCAAAAGGGCUUGGAUUUCUGACCCUGCCCAGGGUUGAGGAUAACAGCUUCAUUUUUAUUCCUUUCUGCUGCUUUUUGUUUUGAUCCUGGCUCUAGCCUCUCCUCCCUAUUCACAUUUAUUCCCCUCCCCCAUCCGUACCUUAACCCAUUUGUAAGCUGAGUCCCAGGAUGGGUGGGAGAGUUCUAUGACUGAUUAAAACACAAGGCAUUUC